ACUCAAGUGAGGCUUAUCUUCUGAGUCUCCCAAACUCAACACACUCAGUGACCAUGAAGCUGGCCGUCCUGCUCUGUGUAUCUCUUCUCCUUUGCUGGUCUGCUUUCACAGCAGCGGAUGAGGCUUAUAAGCCUAACUGUGCUCAGUAUGCAAACUCGGUAUGCCUCCGUUACAUUGAUCCAGUGUGUGGUGACGAUGGCAACACAUACCCAAAUGAGUGUGUUCUCUGCAUGGAAAGCACCGUCAACAACCAGUAUGUCAUGGUGGCGUAUAAGGGAAAAUGUGGCCCUGUGUGAGCCUAUCACUCAUCAGAGCUGCAUUAUAUACAAUGCACUACAAAAAAUGAGCUAAAUAAUCUAUUCAAUAAAUGUGAGGUAACAAUCUGCA